AUGGCGCCUAGGUGGCCACAUGUGAACGACGGCCCCGAACACAUCAAUGAGCACGCCACGUACCUCAGAGAAGCAUGCAACCAGCUGCAGGCGGUAGGUAGAGGAAGGCAGAAUCAGGUCCCAUGGAACAUAGUGCAGCCAUACCUGGCCUCGACCCUUGCGCUCAUUGGCAAAGUCCUGCGACAGCCUGCGAUGGAUGAGAUCCUGCAGCACGUCCAGGACGCGGCCAAAUGCACACAGAACAUCCAGAAAGACAUCACAGUCAUUAAGAACUCUGUCGGACUCAGCACUACUCCGAUAAACCCAGCCAACUUUAGCGGAGGGAGUAAAAACCGCCGCUGCGACCUGGGCGCAGGAGCGCACACCACCAAGACCCAAGCCACAGUUACAGCAUACAAGGACCGAGUCAUAACAGUGAAACUGAAAGACCAAGGCAUUGCCCAGCGAUACCGCACACACUCAGCAGCAUGGACCAGACAACAAGUGGAAACCUCAAUACACGGCAACGCUGCGACCAAGCAGGUCAAAGUAGUCGCCGCACACCAGCUCAAAAGUGGUGACAUACAAAUAUUCACAAGCACAACAGCCGAGGCUGCGCAGCUUAAGCGUAAGAAAGGCUGGAUUAAGGGCCUUGGGGAACGCGCAGAGCUUGUCCUUCCAACCUACGGCGUCAUUGCCCAUGGCAUCCCCACCAAUUCCAUUAACAUCAAAGACCAAGAAGCAACGAUUCAACAGGUGCUCGCAGACAAUUACACAGUGGUCCCAAAUGCGGAGAUCUCAUACGUGGGAUGGCUGACCAAAGAAGCCACCCUCAAACAUGCAUCCUCGAUCGUUGUGGAGUUCAAAGACCCAGAAAAGGCUAAUGCCGUCAUCUAUGCCGGAAUGGCAUGGGAAGGCCAGAUUCAUCAAUGCCAGCUCUACGACCGCGCCUGCAGAAUAAAGCAAUGCUUCCGGUGCUACAAUUACGGUCACAUCGGCACUCAAUGUAACGCAUCCCAAGUUUGCGGCUAUUGUGCAGGGCAUCACGAGACGAAACACUGCAAGCAGAAGGGAGUGGAGGGUUUCACACCUUAUUGUGCAGUGUGCAAAGGUGCUCACACCGCAUGGAGCAACGCCUGCCCAGCAAGGAGGAAGGAGAUGCAAAGGGUGGAACGUGCCAAAGAAGUCCGUAGCGUCUACUGGCAUGUCCCUCCAAAAGAAAACACCACUCAACCGGAACCGCCUAUUGCCCACAUGAGCCACCAAACACAGGCACAGUCGAGACCUAUUCCUGCCCCAACAGCGGCCCGAGAACCGGAAAACGCCACACCAGCAGGAACUUACGCCCUCGAAAGCCCCGACCCCGGAACGCCGCAAGAUGCCACCGGGUCUGUUAGCCAGUUGCCGGAGGAGAUACCGGCACAGGAACCCACUGGAACUGAAGGAUCAAAGGCACCAAGCGCAAUGCCAACGCCUAUCGCCCUGACCGACGGAGAGGAGUGGGCUACGCCUGCAGUGCUACAGGACCCAAUUUGGCAGACCGAUCCGGCAAACGACCACCCACCACCCUCGCACCCGAUUGACACCACCGAAGAAUCGGAAACGCAAGGUGCAGAUGACUGGCUAAACGGCAUCGCCAACGAAAUCGGAGAUGUAUGGCUCUACGGACCCCCAGAUGGCGACCCAUCUCCACAGACAUCGAUGGUCACGGACCCCCGCACAGCCGGAGGGAGAAUAUACAAAGGAUGUAAAUGCGAUGAGCACCAGGAGAUCUACGCGGACUGGCCAACACGGGACGCCGAUCUAACGAUCGCUCAAUGCAUGAAGAUCUGCACGUACUGUGGCAAGGACUUCACGACUGCUGCAGAGCUCCGCAAACACCUACGCCAGUCAAAAUACACCAAACAAAAUCUGGCUGUGCGGAUGGAGACGCGUGGAAGUGGAAGCUCCCUGACUCCCAGUUGGACACAUCGACGUCGGACAGAACCACCCAUCACUCUAUCAGAAGCUCGAAGAACCCGGACCCGAUCACGUAUAGACCGCGAUGACACAGCAUCUCUCCAAUGCUAG